AUGUUUGUGCGGACGAUUUCCAAUAGGAUAUCAAUGAGAUAUAUUCCGAGGAAUAUGUCAAGGCGUUCAUUUAUGCAAAGUUGUUCUUCGGCAUCCAAUACGCCAGAUUUUGAAGGAACUAGUAAGAGAUCAAACCUAUUAAAUGAUCAUCUCUCGACAACUAUAUCAUCUGGUAACGAUAAAAUCGUAGAAAUGCCACAAGUAAGAAGCGAAAAAGAUCUAUCACUGCUUGAAAACGAAAUUAAAAGAGUUAACCAUCUCUCUGUUAAAUUUACUGAUCAUAAUUCUAAAAUGACUGAACUUCCCCCAAAUUUUGGAUUGAAUCAAUCCAUUGCCAUAGAAAAGGAUUUAGAACGUGAACUUAAUGCAAUCGUGAACUCUUUCAAUGCCUCUAUCGAAGUAGCCAUUGGAUAUGGGUCUGGAGUAUUCGAACAAGCUGGUUAUACAAAUGAUCACACACAGGAGAAACCACAAAUUGAUAUGAUAUUUGGUGUUACAGAUCCUUUAAAAUUCCAUACCAUCAACUUAAUUCAAAACCCUCAUCAUUAUUCGAGUAUGAAAUAUUUAGGUAGUAGUAAGAUAUCUUCUUUUCAAGAACUUGGAGCAGGUAUAUAUUUCAAUCCAUUUACAGAAAUUAUGGGCCAUCAGGUGAAAUAUGGUGUUGUAUCUAUGGAAAGACUUUUAAGAGAUCUUUCUCAAUGGGAUACAUUUUAUCUUGCUGGACGUUUACAAAAACCUGUUAAAUUUAUAAAGGAUAAUAUGUCUAUAAAAUAUUGGAAUCAAAUUAAUUUAAGGAAUGCAGCAACUUUAGCCAAACACUUAACAUUAAAGAAACGGAAACAAAAUUCAAAUAAAUCUACAAUUGAUGAAUUUCAAUUUUAUAAAGAGAUUGCUGGAUUAAGUUAUUUAGGUGAUAUACGAUACACUUUGGGAGGUGAAAAUCCUAAUAAGAUUACUAAUAUUGUAACUAAAAAUUUUGAUAAAUUCAAAUAUUAUUAUGGUCCCAUUUGGAAUGAAGUUGUUAUAAAUGGACAUCACUCUUUACCUCAAGGCUUUACGUAUGAUAAUUCUAUACAUCAGUUGAGAAAUAGAAUUGCCGAAUAUAGUAUUCUCCAGACUGCAAAAGGGGUAUUUACAGCAGGUGUCACCAAAUCAAUUAAAUAUGCAUGGAAUAAGAAAAUGAAGGCAUGGAAACAAAAUUAG